AUGAGACCUGAUACAUUUGACACGCUGGCGAAUACUGUGGAAAGCUACGCCACACAAGGAGCGUGCGAGCGUGGGUAUCGUAUUGACGCCAAGGAGUUGGAUGUUUCGCCCAAUAGACUGAGCGGCUUUCCAUUUGCCACAAAGGAGGCUGUGGGAGUUCAUCUCAUGUGUAGUAAAGGGGAUUUCACCGUCUCGGCCGAUGUAAGUUCAAACCCAAAGGCAACAUGGUGGGACCUUGUCCCCAGUGUUUCCUGGACAAAGUCAGUGCGUGGCCAGCAGCAUGAAUUUCUCCUGCGCCUGGCAACGACGCCGCUAGUUUACUAUGCAUUGCACCACCCGCAAUUUACCUGUUCGUCGGAGAUGAAGUUUAUGGAUGGCUUCAGAUCCCACUUCACGGCCUCUACCCGGCUUUCUGAGAAGAGUCAGUUUGGGGCAAGCGUGGAGUAUGACCCUAGUCGCAGCGGCCUGAUAGAUUACACGGUAGCUCUCUCACGCACGGGGUGCUCGGCGGUGUGGAGAGGCGACUUUGUCGUUCAAUAUAAUGCCACCCGUGGGGCGGCUGUCCACACCCGCAUUCCAGUCCAUCGUAUGGUAAGCGCUGUGACGCUGGUGGAACGGCAGCGCGUUAUUGUCGGUGCUGAGGCCCGCUCCCCGUGUGGCGCACAGAUGCUUAUGAACGUCAACCUUGUGGAUUCCCGCGUCAUGUUGGCCGUCAUUCGCAACCUGGACGAUAUAUGGAAGAUCACCAUGAAUUACUCCGCGCCGCUGCCUGGGAGCUCCUCCGGUUCGGCGAGGUUUGGUGUCGUCUUCACCAGCCAGUACGCUUAG